UGGAGUCCGUGCCUAUCUGAAAGCCAAUUUAGCCUGGCAAUGGUUUGCAAAAAUUGUAUUGUGGUUUUCUUCACUAUUCUCACCACCGUCAAUGGAUUAAUUCUAUUUGGCGUCGGAGUAGCCGGGAUUACAAAGGAGAAGCCGGACACUGCUCCAGAGUUUGUGUUGAUAGUUCUUGGAGUUACCGUAUUCGCAAUAUCCUUCCUCGGCACUUAUGGUGCGAUCAAAGACUCUGAGUUCAAGCUCAACUCGUUUGGGUCAGCCAUGAUGGUAAUAUCCUUUUUCCAAAUCAUUACUGCAAUCGUGCUGUUUACGAGGAAGGACGGCCUAGGAACUGCGGCAAUUACGCUGUUCACUGCAGUAAUUCAGGUUGUUGGUGCUGUUCUGGCCUUCGUCGUGGCAAUUAAAGGGGAAAUCAAAAUAUGCCACUUUGAUUCCGGACCUGUUGAAACCCGGCCCAAUGAAACCAGGCCCAGUAACACUGCAUGAUGAAAAACCAAAAAAUAGUCAUUUUGGGGCAAAAUGGUUAAUUUAACCAUAGUUUAACGCAGACCCACCGUGUUUUUCGGAACCUUGUCUAAUUCAUUGCUUCAAGAUGACGUUAAUAAAGAAGUUUCGCUUGCUAUGACAGUUUUAAAAGUACUGCCAUUUAUUAAUCCAGCAUGUAUCAAGAAAAAAUGCCAUUCUCUGUGUUCUACGUAUCGCUUGCUAAAUCUGUUUCGCAUAAUCAUAACUAUCUAGAUUGAUAGGUUUAAAAUAAUUGCAACUCUACUGCUUUGGGAGCACAGGUGUAAUAUCUCAUAUUUUAUUUGGUAACCAAUAAAACGCUAUUGCUUCAUA